AUGUCAAAUAUUGAAGAAUUCAUAGAUUUAAUUAGUUAUGCCCCUAUAGAUGUAAGAAGGGCCUUCAGCAAAGUUCGGGAGUUGGCAAAUUUAGAAAAAAAAUAUGAAGAAACCUUGGAAUCAACUUAAAAACUAGUGUUUUAAUUGAAAUCUGUCGAGUCAACGGCAGAAAAGGAAAAAUUUAUCUUAUAAUUAAAAGACCAAAUUCAAAGACAUCAUUUAUAAUUGCUGGCUUUACACAGAGAAAGAAUUGCGGCUUUAGAAAUUAUUUAAUAAAAUUAUUAAAAAUAUAUAGCAACUCUUGAUAUUGAGGGAGAAAAGUUUUUGGAAGAACUAAAACAGUUGCCAAGAGAAUAAGAAGAUAUAUCUCGUAAAUCUCAACGGGGGGAUGUAAAGGUCGAACCUCCUGUUAUUGUAUAAAAGAGUGACAAAAUUAAAAAAACUAAAAGACCAUUGUAAGAUGAACAAGCUGAAGAUGCUCAAUAACAUACAUAUUGUGUGUGUUCAUAACCUAGUUAUGGCUGUAUGGUUGCUUGCGAUUCAAAAAAUUGUUAAAUAGAAUGGUUUCAUUUGUCAUGCGUAGGAUUAAGUGAUGUUCCUGAUGAAAAGACUAAAUGGUUUUGUCCACAUUGUAGAAUGACCAGAUGAUAUAUUGUUUUGUAAUUAAACAAUAAAUUACACAACAAGAAAUAAA